GCGAACAGGCUUAAAAUUAUCGAUUUUUGACGAGAGCGACCGAGUGUCGGUAGAAAGGCGAUGACAGCGGUGUUUGGUAGAAAAUUGGUUUAUUUCGCAAAGUUGUUCCGCUUCGCGCGGUGCUUGUCACCUAAAUCUCGCAAACGCGAAUUAUUUUACCAUGAAAAUAACAAACAUACUUUGAUCAUGUGCCCAAUCGAUUUCGUUUAGUACAUUUUAAAAUUUAAUUUUUGUUCAUCUUCAGGUCGGCGUAAAUUUAUUUUCCGUUACAUCGUUUUUUAUCAUAACCUUUAUUUUCAUCAAAAAGUAUAUUUAACUAAGAAAAUCCGGAAAAUCAUGGAAAAACCAAGUGACAAUCAGAGAACUGUCUACAAGCUGGUUCUUACCGGCGGUCCAUGUGGUGGAAAAACCACGGGACAAGCAAGAUUAUCCACUUUCUUCGAGAACCUUGGAUGGAAAGUUUUUCGUGUACCUGAGUCAGCAUCUGUUUUAUUAAGUGGGGGUAUAAAAUUCAGCGACCUAAGCGAAGAAGAAGCCUUUUGCCUUCUACCAAAAAUUGAAAAGGUCGGUGAACCAUGCGAGGCUAGGGAGUCACAGUGCGAGGCCGUCAAAUUCCAAGAAAAUUUGCUAAAGACCAUGCUUCAAAUUGAGGAUACUUUUUUCGAAUUGGGACGGACCUGCAAAAGAAACUGUCUGAUUAUUUGUGAUAGAGGCGCCAUGGACGCUUCAGCAUUUAUUGCCAAAGACAAAUGGGAAACCAUUAUGAAAGACAACAGCUGGAACAACGUAGAAUUAAGAGACAAUCGCUAUAAUCAGAUAAUUCACAUGGUUUCUGCCGCCACAGGAGCUGAAGAAUAUUACUCCACUGAGGACCACAGCUGCCGUUCGGAGGGAAUCGAGCUGGCUCGUGAGCUGGACUCAAAGGCUGCCGCCUCCUGGGUCGGCCAUCCAUACUUCGACGUCAUUGACAACUCGACCGAUUUCGAAGGGAAAAUCCGACGCAUGUUGGUGUCGGUGUGUCACAAGAUCAGCAUAGACACCGGAGACCGUCUUCUAAAGGACUCCCGCAAACACAAGUACUUAAUCAAAGGACCGCUUCCGGACGAAGCCGUGUUCCCGCCCUUCCAGGACUUCGAGGUCGUGCACAACUAUUUGCAAUCGAAUUCGCCGAACCAAGUCAGACUGCGCAAGCGUGGACAGAAAGGUUAUUACAGUUAUAUUCACACUGUAAGAAGACAAAACAACCCGGGUGGGCAAGUGAUCGAAGUGAAAACCCAAAUAACACACAGGGACUAUAUUAAUCUGUUGACGCAAAGGGACGAGUCCCAUUUUACCGUCUACAAGAAAAGGAGGUGCUUUAUUUUCAACAACCAGUACUUCCAACUGGACAUCUACGUUCAACCAAGUCAUCCAAGGUGUCAAGGACUAAUGUUAUUGGAAACCUAUUCUGCAUUAGACGAGGAAAGUUUAAAGAAAACUUUGCCCACAUUUUUAGAUAUUCAACAAGAGGUUACAGGCAAUCCUCACUACUCAAUGUACAACCUUUCUUUGAGGGAAGAUUGGAGACACUCAAAAAAAUUCUGCAGUUCUGUUAAUGGACCUCAAGAUAUGGCAUAUCAGGAUGAGCAUGAUAAAGAUAUACCAAACCUAAACCGGAGCAUUUCUAAUGGACACGAUUGCAAGCAGGCCCUAAAAUUGAACGGGCAUUCCGAAUUGAACAGCUCGGCGCCGAUGAACGGCAAGGCUUAGUGUGAUACAAUUGUAUUUUUUCUUCUCGGAUAGCAGUAAUUAGAAGUUAAUGUCCUUAAGUUUCUUUAAAUAUUUUACCAGUUUAGUAGAGGUGGUAACUUAACGCCAUUAUAUACUUAAUGUAUAGUAUUAAUUAACUUUUUAGUUAAUAGAGUUACUAGAGGCUCAAAAAAUAUUUUUAAAAGCACUAGACUUCAUAUGAUUUUAUAGGGAUUUAAUUUUCUAGAUCAGUAUUUUACAUAUUUGCCUAAUCAUUUUAAAUUUUUAAAAACUGUACCUGCUUUUGACUAAAUUGUAUAUUCUGGAAUAUUACUAUCUAUCUAUCUAUAUUAAAUGUAUAUGGGCUCAUUAUCCAAACUAAUAUUUUUAUCAAAUAAAAUAUUUUUAAUCAACAACAGAUUUAAACACCAUCAAAUUAAAUGUAUAUAAUUUAUGUACUUUUAUUGACAUCAGUAGGUACCUACUUAAAACAAGUACUUUUAUUAAAAUAUCUAAAUGCAUCCUCCUGUUUAAUAUUUAAUAAAUGUGUACAGGAAUA